ACCAUCUCAAAUUCGUUGUUCACCUGGGGGCCUUUAAAAAUCAUAUGUUUCGUUUGCCGCGUUUUCUGACAAUUGUCAACUUUGCGAGAAAUUUAAGCAAAAUGUCCACUCCACCAAAACGCUCUACUCCAUCACGAAUUGGCACCCACAAUGGAACUUUUCAUUGCGAUGAAGUUGUAGCCUGUUUUAUGCUUCAACAGCUACCGGAAUAUGAGAAUGCUGAAAUCUUUCGCAGUCGUGAUGACAAAGUCUUAAGGGAGACCUGCGAUAUAAUUGUGGAUGUGGGUGGAGAAUAUGAUCAUGAAAAGAAAUGGUAUGAUCACCAUCAGAAACCCUUUCAAGAAACUCUACACAGCCUGCAUCCGGAAGUUAGUAAGGAUUUCGAUAUAAGACUUAGCAGCGCUGGACUUGUUUAUAGCCAUUAUGGCGAGCGUGUGAUCCAAAGAAUUUUAGAAAAGGAACAUCAAAAGCAAUUAUCGGCGAGAAAUCUUCAAUUGGCGUUUGUGCAAAUUUAUAGAAAUUUUAUAUCCGAAUUGGAUGCCAUAGACAAUGGUGUACCCAUGUUUGAGGGUGGUGAACCACGCUAUAAGAUUUCCACCCACAUCUCUGCACGCAUUGGCCGCUUGAAUCCAUCGUGGCAGGAGAAAGAUGUUGACAUAGAACAACGUUUUAAGCAGGCCAUUGAAGUAGCAGGUAAAGAACUCGUACAGAACGUGUUGGAAGUCUGUUGCUCUUGGCUGGCGGCCCGAGACUAUGUUCGAGAGGCUUUGGAGAAUGCGAAAAGCGUUUAUCCGAGUGGAGAAAUCCUUCUGCUAAGCACAUUUUGUCCUUGGAAAGCACAUUUGGCUGAUCUUGAGAAGGAAUACAAUAUAGAAGGCGUGCCCAAAUUGGUAAUAUUCAACGACGGACAAAGUUGGCGAGUGGCUGGCGUUCCUGUGACCCCAAGUAGUUUCUUGGGACGCAAAUUUCUGCCUUCUGCUUGGCGAGGCCUGCGAGACGAUGAGCUAAGCGAAAAGGCCGGCAUAAAAGAAUUGGUAUUUGUGCAUCAUAGUGGAUUCAUAGGUGGCGCCAAAACUAGAGAGGCAGCCUUGGCCAUGGCCAAGAAGAGCAUUGAAUGGCCGGAAGAAGCUGAAUAAUUUGUUAGCAAAGAGUAGAAAACCUAUUAAUAAAUUAAAGUUUUACAAAUGAUAUAUUACAGAACCAGAUAUUCCAUAUCAAGAAGCACAAUUUCAAUAAAAUGUUUACUGAAAGAGA